UUCAUAACAGCCAGCGAACGUUGCACUUUAACCUUCUCUGCGCUAGAGUUCUAGAUCGCUGGCUAGUCUUUAUUGGUAUGGGAACUAGGAGCAGCACCAAUAACCUCCAGCAUCCACUCGGCAGGGUUGGCGUCAAGGGGACACUUUGAGGCUCCCUUCUUCUCGAAAUAUUCGACCAGUGUGCUCAUGUUCUUCCCAAGGUCUCCAAAAUAAACCGCUUUCCCCCCUUCGGUCAAAAAAAAGCAAUCGAUCAUUAAAAAAGAUGACGGUUGGUGGAUGAUGCACAGGAUGGCUUUGUCCUUCCGUCAGCAAGCUUUCGCAUCAGGUUUGCAGAUGGACCAGGCCGUCGGGCUAUCAAGGCCAGACUUAGGUUCGUCGAAAAAGAGUAACAGUUCGGGCUUGGCCGCGAGUUCGACUCCGAUACUGAAGCCUUUCCGUUCCUCUACGUUCAAGCCCUCUCCAAGGACGCGAACAACCGCAUCGGCGUAUUACUGCAUGCCUAAAAUCUUGAUGGCUUCUUCGAUAUAGGCAAUUUUUUUUGGCACGUGGAGUGGUGGGUGGUUGGCGAAAAAGAGCGCUGAAGACCAAGGAUUCACGGACAGUGCUAGUUUCUGUACGUAGGUAAUCGUUCUGUUGUAUAUAUAUAUCCAGUUUUCCGCUGAAAGGACGCAUCACAAGACGGCCGUCAACUAACAUUUCGCCUGUUACAACACCCAUUGUGACACGAUUAACUAGACCGAUUGAUCUGGAACCCCAGACGUCUCAUCUAGAAGGGAUAAAAAAGCCUUCCAUGCCAUUCGGUCACUGAUUGAGGACGGGCUCACGCGUAAGCAGCUUACCUGACUGGUAUGUUUGACCAGAUGCACGCAAAAUUCAGUUAACCAUCUGCUACCCAAGACUCCCAGUUGUGCCUAUUUCAUACCAGGCAAUUACAUUCCCUCCCGAGAUUCACUCCCUGCAAGACAUAUGCGCCGCCAUGGAUUUUUCGCAAAUCCGUCUGCUGCUGGGACUAUUACAGGAGGCCGGCAUUCCUGUCUGCAUUAUAGGCGAAUUCGCUCUGAACUACAAUAACGCACCACGCGUCGUUCAUGACCUUGAGCUUUGCGUGCCUGCGGAUGAUCUCGGGGCUGCAAAAUCUGUAUUCGAAUCCCAGGAAGGUCUGCUUGAAAUAGAGGACAAGACGAAGUAUAACCUCUAUACUCAAUACAAAAAGGGUUUCCCUCGUUUCCGUUCCUACUCCAAGCCUAGGUUCUAUGUGGUCAUAUUUACCGAUAAACACUACCACCUAGACCCUCUGCAGAAAUGCGUGAUAUAUCAAAAGGAGCAUCAGCACACACGGGAAUACAGCCGAGAGCUGCUCGAUUCGUUUUCGCCAGACGAGAUCGCCACUCUUCCGUUUCCGCGCUUUACUCCGCUCUUCAGGGGUUUCUGUCGCUCUUACAUCGAGACCCAGGAGGCUACAGCUGCGAUGGCUGCCGAGUGCCUUGUGGACGGAAUAAACAUCAAUGAGGAGUGGUGUCAUGCACACUUCGACCCUCCUGAAAGUGCCGAGUCGGGUUUUGCCCUGAGACUUGUAAAUAGUAGAGGGUCUCGGAUUGAUGACUUCUCACUGAAUCAGGUAACCUGUUUCAUCCCCGAUCUCCAAGAGGCGCAACGACUACAAAGGAUUCCAGGGUUUUAUGAGUAGGUGGUUUGAAUCGGCUCGGACAAGCUGGCAACUUUGCUAUGUCCCUUCUGAGGUAAUGUUUCAAGCAUGGGUGUGCCCGAAUAUUAGAGCGGAUUUGUUGGAUUGCGUGCUUGCUGCAGCCAGCAGCCUUGGCCAUCUGGGAUGUUGUUAGUGGUUCAUCACUAAUCUUGGUUAUCAUGUCAUGAAUAAGCUCAAGCUUCAAAGAUGCUAGAUUUGAUUCCAUCUUGUGCAGCAAGAGAGAGAGAUAGAGUGAAUGGCUUCUGUCAAGUAUCACAGAAGUGAGCAUCAAAAAUCAAGAGCUCUGACAGUGUCAUUUGACUAGUUUGCAUAAAAUAUUCUAUUGAUACUGUACAUGUAUAGUACACUCAUUGAUGAACAUAUAUCAAACAUUCUUAGAUGAUCAAAUACAUGAUGAACAGAGGAAAACUCAACUUGACAAGAAGGCAACACUGCUCAAUUCUUGGGCUGUACUAUGAGAUCAAUUUCAGAACAUCCUACCAGGUUAAAGAUGUUCAUUUUGGCUGCCAUUUCAUGGAUGUGAGGCUAUGCUAUUAAAGAAUCAGCAAGUCUGUGUUUCAUACAUCAUUUUCAUAUCUGAAGUCAACAUAGUCUGGAAUUAGUCUCCCUGCAUUUGACUGAGCUCUCUUGAGAUCAAGCUUAAUCUCACAAUUUGU